AUGUCUACUAUAGGAAGUCCAAGGCACUUAGAAAAUGAAUUUAUUAAUAAUGAAUUUGGUAAUUAUAUGUACUCCUUCAAGAUGAUUGUAAAGGGGAAGGAACUGGAUUAUAAGAAGAUAAUUACUUCUAUGUCAACAUUUGAUAUGUCUAAUAAUCACUUUGAAGGAGAGAUUCCAAAUUCUAUAGGGAUGUUGCGAGCACUUCGAAAUCUUAAUCUCUCGCAUAACCUACUUACCGGAAACAUCCCUCCAUCCAUCGAGAACUUAUCAUUGUUGGAUGGUUUAGACCUAUCAUCAAAUAGGCUUAUCGGUGAAAUCUCUCAAGAACUUGUUAGUUUAACAUUUCUCGGGGUUUUUAAUGUUUCAUAUAAUCAAUUGGAAGGGCCUAUACCCCAUGGUAACAAUUUUGAUACCUUCUCAUUUGAUUCGUACGAGGGAAAUCUUGAAUUGUGUGGAGUACCAUUACUUGAAUGUAAAAAAAAUACUGUUGUGCAAUCUUUGAACAAUGAUAAUGUGGAAGAAAAAACAGAAUUAUCGAUGUGGGAAGUUGUAGUGAUUGGAUUUGGAAGUGGUACUAUAGUUGGUUUGGCUUGGGGCUUCAUUAAUGGCAGAAUAUUAUCAGAACAAGAAACAUUAUUAGCUAUUAAAUCUGCCAUUAAAGAUGAUCCUCAUAAAAGUCUAUCAUCUUGGAAAAACACUACUCACCAUUGCAAUUGGUCGUUCGUCACUUGCUCUUCGUCUUCUCACUCUCCCGCUGUCAUUUCCCUAAACUUCUACAGCUUAGAACUCAGUGGUACUCUCUCUACUCAAAUCAAUUUUCUUACAAACCUGCAAAACCUAUCUCUCCCUUUUAACAACUUUUAUGGGCAUGUCCCGUCUUCUCUUUCUCUCCUUACAAAACUCCAAUAUCUCGAGCUAGAAUUUAACCAAUUUAGUGGCCCACUUCCUUAUGACUUAGGAUUCUUAAAGAGAUCUAAUAUGCCAACAUUGGAAGCAUCACAGCACAGUUUACUGAGUGGAAUUAUCCUAAAGUGA